UACGUUAGACUCCAUCUUCUGUUUCCUCUUAUUUCCGUCCACUCACUCCUCACUGUGCUUUCUGCACUUCGACCUCACCGGAGAAAAUCAAUCUUCAUCUAGGGUUAGGGUUUUCCCCUAAUCAAAUUGAGGAGCGAGCAACAUGGGCGUCAAUUCCUUGCCAUCGGAGGAAUCCACCCUCGAUCUUGACGAGCAGAUCUCACAGCUCAUGCAGUGCAAGCCACUCUCUGAGCAACAGGUUAGAGUUUUAUGUGACAAGGCUAAGGAGAUUUUAAUGGACGAAAGCAAUGUCCAGCCUGUGAAAAGCCCUGUGACAAUUUGUGGCGAUAUUCAUGGGCAGUUUCAUGAUCUUGCUGAACUAUUUCGAAUUGGAGGGAAGUGUCCAGAUACUAAUUACUUGUUUAUGGGUGAUUAUGUGGACCGGGGUUAUUAUUCAGUUGAAACUGUAACACUUCUUGUGGCACUGAAAGUACGGUAUUCUCAGCGAAUUACUAUUCUCAGGGGAAACCAUGAAAGCCGUCAGAUCACUCAAGUAUAUGGAUUUUACGAUGAAUGCUUAAGAAAGUAUGGUAAUGCUAAUGUUUGGAAGAUCUUUACAGACCUUUUUGAUUUCUUUCCAUUGACUGCAUUGGUUGAAUCCGAAAUAUUUUGUUUGCAUGGUGGACUAUCACCUUCAAUUGAGACCCUUGAUAACAUAAGGAACUUUGAUCGUGUUCAAGAGGUUCCUCAUGAAGGGCCCAUGUGUGAUCUGUUGUGGUCUGACCCAGAUGACAGAUGUGGCUGGGGAAUUUCUCCUCGGGGUGCAGGGUAUACUUUUGGCCAGGAUAUAUCUGAACAAUUCAAUCACACAAACAAGCUUAAGUUGAUUGCUAGAGCUCAUCAGCUGGUUAUGGAUGGAUUUAACUGGGCUCAUGAACAGAAGGUGGUUACCAUUUUUAGUGCUCCUAACUACUGUUAUCGAUGUGGGAACAUGGCUUCCAUUUUGGAGGUUGAUGAUUCCAAGGGCCACACAUUUAUCCAGUUUGAACCUGCUCCCAGGAGAGGAGAACCUGACGUCACCCGGAGAACACCUGAUUACUUCUUAUGAUGUUGCUGUUGCAUAUCAUACUGCUAUCACAGUUUCAUCACAUUCUGCACUAAUGUCAGGUAGUUGUGCACCCUCGUUGAUGAGAUUGCUGUAAGCACUUAAAUCCAUGAAUGUACACUACAAACAUUUUUGGUGGUUGGCCAAGCCUGCUUUGAUGUAUAAUAGGGGCAGUAAACAUUCCGUUUUUUGUGACGCUCAACUGCUCAAGAACUUGCUGGACACCCUGUCGGAGAAGUUGUCUAGAUGAUAGCAAUGUCAGAAUCUGUAUUAUUCCAGCAAGAUGUGGAUAUUUUUUUGUUCUUGUUUUCCCCGUCUUUAGAAGCAAUGACUGGGAUUUUAUAUCUCGUUUGUGAUUUACUUUGCAAUGUCUUAUCAAUUUUUAGUAAAAGUUCCAUGAAAAUAUUAGUAGUGAUUCAGUUUUGUUCUUGCUAAUUAUGUUCAAUUUCAUUAUUCAGAGCUCAUAGGUGUUUAUCAUUU